GCACAUGACAACACAGUCCUCCGAAAACUAUUCAUCCCGAGAAGAAACAAAAGAAGGCUUUUCACGUCGCCUUGCGUGAAAUACGUUGAACUACUUCUUCCGACAUAGUUAGAGCCAAAAAAAUAUCAACCUCGCUGAAGAGAAAGACGUUUGGAAAUCUUUUGUGGAGGAGGAUGUUUUGUGAAAAGGUGAAGAAGAAGGAGAAGCAAGGAUCAACUGCGUCGAAGAACUAGCCUACUUGUCGGAACAAACCUCAAGAGCAAGAGUUUUAGUUUUAGUUUUAUUUUCAUUUUUAUUUAUUUUUUGGGGGGAGGUUUGUAGCCUUGUGUCUCUCACAGCCAAGACCUGGGAAUAAGUUGGCACACAAGGAGGCGCAGCCUGUGUGUUUGGGCAUAGUUGGUGUGUGUGCCUGUUCCCUCUCUGUGUGUGUGUAUCUUGUCUCUCACACACAGAGAGAAGAGACUCAUCCUCGUUUUUAUUGCUCUGGAUAUCAGGCCGAGGUAUUACAGGCCAAUAAAAGUGUCCUGGAGGAGGCUUGGAGAGCUGGGAGGUGAGCAGUGGAAGGCUACCGCUGCUGUCUGAGUGCAGAGGAAACUGAGAGCCACCAGACCAGACCUCCAUGCAGCUCUAGGGAAGAUUGUCAGAUGUGUACCCAGCCCUCCAAGCCCCUGGCCUGGCCGCGGGGAUGGCAGCCUCUGCCCUGAACCUCAACGGCCCUGGAGUCAUGAACAGCAGUAAUAAAUUUCAGACCCAGCCAAGCUCCUCCAGUACUGCCUCCAGAGCUCGAACCAGCCCAGAGGGUCGACAGGUCCUGCCGGUCCAAGAUCCGAGCACCUACUGUCAGCUACUGGGUGGAGGAGCCCUGGGUGGAGGUCUCUUCAGCCCAACCAGCCCCAAGACAAGUCCCAGCCAUGUGUCAGGAGCCCCGGGCCGGGCCUUUGUCUCUACCCCCUCCUCCUCCCCCUCCCUCUCCCCCAGCCCCACCCCAAGAGCUCGAUCGCCCUCCCCACGAAACCUGGAGCGCCUGGGAGUUAAUGUGGGCCAGCGAGUCCGACGUCUGAGUUCUCCUGGCGGGGAGGAGGAGAGAGGAGGAGAGACAUUAGGAGGAGAGCGACGAGGGGAGCAGAGACGCCAAGCACAGCUGCUGCAGAUACACAGAGAGCUGCAGAAUGUAGAGGUCAGGGGAAAAGUGGGCAUGUUUGAGGCCCACAUUUCAGGGAUUCGCACCCAGGUGCUUAACAAUGAGCUCCAACGCAGCCCUCGGUCUCCAAGACGACUGACAAGCAACUCCAACUCCCAUCACUGCCAGCCAAUCACGGCCCCUGACAACGUGACGCACCACCCCAAAGAGAGCAAAGCUUGUUCUUUUCUCCAAAAUGGCAGAGAAAGGGAGGAAGAAAUGAGGAGAGAAAGGGUAGAAGGAGAAAAGAAACAGAGCGAGAAGGACAGAAGCGCUAACAGAACGAAUAUGGGGGACACGCAGCCAAUUGGUCAAAAUGUGAGCCAGUCAGAGACGAGAGCACUGACUUCCUGUGUAGACGGACUACUUGGCAUUCAGGGUUCCCUUGAGACACUGAAGCCAGAUGGAGGAACAGACAGGGAGUGGGGAGAGGAAGGAAGAGAGAGAGAGGAGAGAGAGCCGGGAGAAGAAAGAGGAGCAGAGAGAGGAGAGAUAAAUGAGAGACAAGGCCAGUUGUGUUCUGAGAUGGUGCUCCAGGCAGAGAGGGGGGCCAGGACUGAGGUUAACCCAGAAAGCACUGCUCCACCUUGGGCACAAAGCAGUGAGAGCCCCUGUGGUUUGCUGGAGGAAACUGACCAAACCUCCAACCACUCUUCCUCCAUCCCCGCAGUCAUAAUAACCGACCAUGGUCUGGAAGGCCCACCACACAUUUCCGAAGGCCCCAACUCAGACCAGGGACUCAGCUGCAGCCCAAGCCCCAGUUCUAGCCCCAUCCCUGGGCCAAACUCAUCCUCCCGCUCCCUUAGGAAGCUGUCGUCGUCCUCCACCUCCUCAGCUGGCUUCUCCUCAUCGUGGGAGGAAUCAGAGGAGGAUAUUUCCAGCGAUACCGAGAAGGGAGAGCAGCUUCUCAACCCUGCCGUCCUCACUUCCCAACAGAAAGCACACAAGUCCUGGAAGAAGAUCAAGAACAUGGUCCACUGGUCACCAUUUGUCAUGUCUUUCAAGAAGAAAUAUCCCUGGAUACAACUGGCUGGGCACGCAGGGAGCUUCAAGGCGGGAGCUAAUGGUCGCAUAUUAAAGAAACACUGUGAAUGUGAGCAGCGGUGUUUGUCCCUGCUGAUGAAGGAUGUGCUGCGUCCGUACGUCCCUGGUUACCAUGGAGACGUAGAGAAGGAUGGACAGAAAUACAACCAGAUGGAGGAUCUGCUGGCUGAGUUCGACUUCCCGUGUGUGAUGGACUGUAAGAUGGGAGUAAGGACCUACCUUGAGGAAGAGCUGACCAAGGCUCGUAAAAAGCCCUCUCUGAGACCUGACAUGUAUCAAAAAAUGAUCGAGGUUGAUCCUCAGGCGCCGACGCCAAAGGAACAUGAGCAGCAGGCCGUGACCAAACCCAGGUACAUGCAGUGGAGGGAGACCAUCAGCUCAACAGCUACACUGGGAUUCAGGAUAGAGGGAAUCAAGAAAGAGGAUGGGACAGUGAACAGGGAUUUUAAGAAGACAAAGACUAGAGAGCAAGUUACGACAGCCUUCCAUGACUUCGUCAAAGGAAAUAACGAUAUACUGAAAGGUUACCGAGCCAGAUUGAAGGACAUCAGAGACACUCUGGAGAUCUCCCCGUUCUUCAAAACUCAUGAGGUGAUUGGCAGUUCCUUGUUAUUUGUUCAUGAUAAUAAGGGGCGGGCCAAAGUCUGGAUGAUUGACUUUGGGAAAACCACACCACUUCCUGACGGGGAGGAGCUCACGCACCGAGCAUCGUGGGUGGAGGGAAACAGGGAGGACGGCUACCUUUUUGGACUUGAUAGUGUGCUGGACAUCAUUUCAUCCAUGGUCGACUCUGAGCCAUGAGGUUUGAGUUUUUUAAUCCAAGUCAGCUUUGGGACACACAGCCUCUUGCAUUCCAUUCUUCAGUUCUCCGGGGAUCACUGGACUUCCUUAGGACUCCCUAAGGGGGCGCUGGUCGUCAUGUUGGAAACCACGCAGUAUCAUAGCAACGUUUUUCCAAAUCCAGUUUUUGAUUAUUCCUGACAUUAUGGCUCUGAUAUUUCCAUUUUAACAUGCUAACAACAAGUAGUUCUGCAUUCCAGAGCAAAAAAUAAAUGUAGAAUUUGGACUCGGCUUCCAAUUGUUUUCCCGUUCUGCAUAUCUGUUGGAUCCCUCACUUCCACUCAUUUCUGUCAGAUCACAGCUAAACUGCAUUUCUCCUGAAUGAAAAACUCGACUCAACUGCAUUCCCCCUGGAGACUUUUUUCUGUUUUAGCUGCAACUUCAGCACAUUAGAUGAGGAUUGAACUCCCAUUUCUUCCAGAAACACAUCUGCACUUAACUACAUUUCUGUUGUUUGAGAUUGUACAGUAGUUUAGUGUGUUUUUACUGGUUACAAUGUUAUUUUAGGUGUGUGUUUUUACCAUGAGAGACAAAAGUAGUCUUUUAGCUUUUUUUUUCCACCUUUGUUUUACCAUUCACACUCAGAGCCGUGGACAGAGUUUAGACAGUUUGGUCACCAGAGCAGCCACGUUGGCUCCAUGGCGACUCUGUGCCAGAUGAUUAUGAAUGUGGGGCAUCUGAACAGUGAAGUGAUGGAGCACGUUGUUACAUAUUUGCAGUCACCACCUCUUACGCACAGCGACAUGGUGCUUACAGUAAACCCUUGGCCAAACUCCGAUCACUCUGCUCUCACUUUGUUGGGAUUGUUCACAAUGUAAAUGGGAUGUGUUGUGUUUUAGUAAGUUGUUCUUGUUUUGUUUUUUUUCUCCGUAACAUUACUUUAGUGUUCACAGACUGUGUGGAACACUUGUUGCCAUGAACAAUGUUGGAAACAACAUCCUAUUUAAGCUAUACAGUGCCUUGAUGUUACAAAGCCAAGUCAGACAACUGAAAAUUAUGUUCCUAUGUCUUAAUGUCUUUUCUUUAGUCUUAAAUGUCUGGUUUUGUGUCUAGCCUUACAUGGAUGCACAUUUAUUAUCCUCUUAAAGUUUGUUAUUAACCCGUAGUUCAUUAUGUUUUUAUUUAUAAUAUAUUACGUCGCCUUUUGUGUUAGUUUGUGGGAUACUGUGACAUUUUGAAUUUCCGUCUGUUAUGUUUUUGUCGCCAGGCACUUGUGGGUAAAAUGUCUCUGUAUUCAAACUUCAGCUAAUGAGCAAGCAGGUUGCUGGCAAUGAUAAAGGAAGCGUUCACUCAAAAUAUGAAAAAAAAAAAAAAAGUUUCCAGUUUUCUGCAAUCCUCCCUGUUUCCCUUCACUCCAGUGGGGCUGGAUGGGUAUUCAUUUGUGGAGCUCAGACCAUCAAAAAUUUACUUGUGAAAAACUCAACAGGGUUUUGUUGGGAACUAUCUCCUGCUGACUAACACCAGCAAACUCUACCUGCACCCUUCACGAAUUAGAGGCGAAGAGAUGCAAUUUGCCUAUGCUCAGCAGGAAAUAGUUUGCACUUCAGGACUAAGUGAGCAAAUAUUUGCUUUUGUAUUUUGACUGAACUAAUACUUUGUCAUCACUUCUUCAAACCAGUAAAAGUGGCUGUUGAACAGAUAGAUGACUUUCAGCUCAUGGUGCCAAAUUGAGACAAUUUAGAGAAAAAUUACAAAGCGUCAGCAGUGCUAAACACAACAUUUUUAGGGUGGAUGAUGGAUAAAAGCUGAAAGUUUGCCCCCGCAGAAUGUAACAGGCUACCGGUGGAGAAUAGUAACUAUACAGCAGGUUAUAAUCUAUAUUUCAAAAUGUCAAGGUAUUCAAUUACAGGUGUGUGCCUCGUUGUUUGCAGUGACAGUAGACAGAGAAAGACAAUGGUGUACUGAUUGUUAUUCACAUGCAGUGCCUUGCUAAGUAAGACCAACCAUUUUCCCAGUACUUAAGCUGUUUACUUAAGCUGUUGAUUAUGCUUUCCAGUGUGCACUUACUGUUGUUCAUGCUAGUAGGAUUCACAUUGAUCCAUUUGUGUUCUACCCUCUAUUUUUUAUUUAUUUGCUUUGUUCUUUUCAACAAAGUCUGUAUGUGGUUGACAGAAAGAGACCCUGCUUCCAUUUGUCAUUUCUCUGUGAAUUUUGAGACUUGAUCAUAAGAAUCUGAGCAUCCACACUUGUCCUGAAAAAUGCUUGUUACCCAUCCGCUGUGGCUGUAUUUAUUAAAAUAUGUGCCCAUAUUUUUUUUCUCCCUGCUCUCUCUUCAUCAUAUGCACGUUAUCACCAGGUUGCUCCUCUGAUACAUGGAAACGCGAUGGAUUUCAGUCCAAAUUCACAUUCACUGUAUAUUUCAACUGGAGGCAGGGUCAGAUAGACUGACUGACUCAAAGACAGAAAAUAAAUACCACUGUUUGGGGAAAAGAUGAAGUGUCUCUAUGAGUCCGACACCUUAAAGCAGAUAAAUCCACA